AUGUUCACAAACAAGUUGAAGGCUUUGACAGUAUCGCUAAAAAGAUGGCAUAAGGAUAAUUUUGGGGACAUGGAUAGCAGGGUAAAGAAGUUUGAGGAAGUGAUUAAGAAGAUUGAUGAUAUCGUUAGUGCUGGUAGUUAUGAUGGAACAAUGGAUGCUAGACGGAAAGCUCUGGUGACUUGCUGUGUGAAGUGGUAUGUCAGAAAAGAGAUUCAUUGGAAGCAGAUGUCUCGAUUGCAACAUGCUAGAGAUAUGGACAAGAACAUUAGGUACUUCCAUAACCUAGCGUCGGCUAGAGGGAGGAACAACAGAAUCGAUUCUUUAGUGAUCAAUGAAAGAUUGGCACGAAAUCAGGCCAGAAUAAGGAAUGCGAUUACGGGUUUUUAUAAAGAAUUGUAUAGGCAGGAGUAUGCUUCUUUGAUUGGGAUCCGUAAUGGGUUGGUUAAACAGAUUGAUGACGAAGAGGCAGCAGUGCUAGAGGAAAUGCAUCAACUAAGGAAGUACGAGAGGCAGUUUGGGAUUGUGAGUCCAGUAAAGUACCAGAAUUCGAAGCUACCAACAGAUGCUAAUGUUACUUUGGUGGCGCUAGCUCCAAAAUUUGUGGGGGCCAAGGAAAUCAAAGACCUGAGACCUAUUGGUAUGGUUGGCUGUGUUUAUAAGGUGAUAUACAAAGUGCUGAAGCAGGCGGCAAUUGUUAAGCUAGACUUUCAGAAAGCCUACGACAGAGUGAGAUCGAGCUUUGUGGAUAUAGUGCUACAGAAGAUGGGUUUUGGUCUUAGAUGGAGGACUUGGGUGAAGGAAUGUGUGACUAUAGCGUCUAUGUCAAUGUUGAUCAAUGGGUCACCAUCCAAGCCGUUCAAGAUGGAGAGAGGACUCAAACAAGGAGAUCCUCUCUCUCAUUUUCUGUUUGUUCUUGUCGUUGACGUUCUGCACAAGAUGGUGGGGGAGGCGGAAAUGGAGACACUUGUGAAUUAUAAGAGGCUCCUGCGUUGUUUUGAGUUAAUGUCUGGCCUGUGUAUCAACUUUGAUAAGUCGAGCCUAAUUCCAGUCAACUGUGAGAAGGAAUGA